AUGCAUGGCGAGUAUGACAGAACGGGGCUUCUUCCAGAGGUGGGCACCUACUCCUUGGGCAGUGCGCUCUGCCACCUCCAGGGCGAGGUCAUCAGCCCUUGGCUCGGAGACGGACGGAGUGGUGCGGUCGAGACGAUCGCUCUCGCCCAGUGUGCGCUGCAGCGUGGGGUGACCUACAAGGCUUUCGCCUACGUGGAGGGCCUCAACUCAUCCUAUGCCCGGCGCUCAGAUCAAGCCAAUCCCCGCGGUUUCUGCCGCCGCGACCCGCCGCAGACCGAUGGUCAAGCUUCGCAGCCAGUCAUGGUUCUGGCUCCGGUUCCCGUGGUCUCCAUGCGAUUCAAGACCGAGCCCUUCCUGGCGGAGUCCGUCUUGACCAGCCGUGUGGCCUUCAAGUUCACCACGGAGGCGACGGAUCAAGGUGCUGCCGCAGUGGUUGCAGGAAAUGUCUGGGCCAUGGUGGUCCCGGAGCUCCAGGCCCCGCAGGUCACGCGCUGGAGCCUGAAGUCCCUGAUCGGGAGCCUGGCCAUGGGAGGCCCCGGCUGCCGCAUCGAUGGCGAGAGCACGGUGGGAGGCACGGCGGUGGUGUCGCUCACCGAGGUCUCUGCCGUGCUGGAAGACUGUCAGCUGCGACACGGGUCGACCUACGAGCUGGUGGUCUACGUAGAGGACCUGGACAACCGAACCGAUGGCACGAUGGUCUUCACCAAGAUCUACACCCCACCAGGUGUCUCGAACAGCUUCAGGUAUCUGCCCAUGAUCGAUGGGAACGUUACAGGGGAGGAGGUCACAGUGCAGUUUGCAGGGAGCAAUCCGAUGGGCAAAGCCUGGGUGGUUGUGGUGCCGGCCAGUGCGGUGAGUUCGGCCACCGCCAGCUCUGUAAUAUCUGGGACUGGAGCCCUUGGCGGGCCCGACUGCAUGAUCACGGCCAUGGACGUCGACGACAACGUGACACAGGUGGACUUGGAGAACUGCUCCAUGGCCUUCUCUGCGGAUUACGCCGUGCUCGUCUACGUGGCGGACAUGGGCAUGCACGAUGACGGUAGCACUGGCCUCUUCUGA